AUGCACAAGGCCCGGAUCUUCGCAGCCGCUGGGCUAAUCACAAACACCGCUUCAGCAAGCUUCGCUGACCCUGAGACUGAGCAUAGACCUAAGUUCCGGUAUUGGUACGAUAAGGAUCCCGUUCCGCUCCGACGCUCUGGACUUCCCACAGAGAUUGGUAAACCCUCGUCGGUUUUAUCUGAAAGCCCCGAGUUAACGCUGCAUAGGCUCCCAGACGCGUCUGUUCCAGUCUCGAUAGUGCAAGAGGACAUCGCAACCAUUGCAGCUGCCGGUGUAGGAGGCAUCGAAUUUGUUCCAUACUAUCAGUAUGGAUUGCCUGAAUCUGAAAGCGGCGUUGUGCCGCCAACGGACUGGACGAAGUACGGCUUUGGUUCCGACGCGUUCAGAAACAUCUUCAAAGCCGCCUUGGAAGCUUGCCGUGCCAAUAACAUCACCAUGGACUUUGCGCAGGGUGCGAAUCAAGGCGCAGGUGCCCCGAGCCCACCCGAAGACGUGGGACUGGCCGUCGAAAUGGCCUACGCCAAUGUCACAGUCGGAGCGGGCCAAACUUUCAACGGAACCCUGCCGCUAUCCAAACAGCUGGACAAUCCUUUCACCGCACUUAUGAACAGCCCGCAAGACUUCGGUCAACAGACUCUGUUCGCUGUACAGGCUAUUGAGGUUGUCUCCACGUCUCGCGCCAAUGUGGGCGAAGGUGAAUUCUCUUCAUCCUACGCCCUGAAUCAGGUCGGUGAGGUGAUCGACCUGACCGCACAAAUUGGCGCCGGUCGAUCUCUCAAUUGGACCGCGCCCGCGGGAAACUCAACUUGGAGGGUCAUCGCAUGGUACGAGCGGUACACGAAUCAGAAAAGCUGCCAAGGGGGGCUCAAUGCCACCGACCCAAUUGGGAACGGGUCAUGGGCUGUGGACCACUUCAGUGCCAACGGGUCGAAGAAAAUCACCCAGUUCCUGGAUGAGCAUGUCUUUCCUGACGCAGAAACAAGGGAGCUGCUGGCUUCUGUCGGGAGACUUGCAUGGGAAGACAGUAUGGAAAUGGUGUCAAGCCUGUGGUGGACACCGAGUCUGCCAAGCAGAUUCAGUGGCGCAAGGGGCUACGCCAUCACCUCGUGCCUGCCAUUCCUUAUUGUCCCUGAUAACUCGUGGAAUAGCGCCAUCGUACCGUACGGUGAGGGAUUCCAGUCAGCCGAGAACAAGACGUUCGGUCAGAAGUGUAGCGAAGAUUACCGGACCACAUUGAGCGAAGGCUAUAAUGACUACCUUACGGAACUUGUCAACUGGUCCAAUGAAAGAGGACUCUCGUAUUCAGCGCAACCGGCGUACAAUUUGCCACUGGAAAUGCUCAACAACAUCCCCGUGCUGAACAUUCCGGAAGGAGAAUCGCUUGCGUUCAGUGAUGUUGUGGAUACUUACCGCCAGUUUUCUGGCCCUGCCCAUCUUGCUGGCAUGUCGGUGAUAUCAUCCGAGUGUGGGGCUGUGAGCGGUGGCCCCUAUUCGCAGUCACUUCCCGAUCUUCUCUGGUCGGUACGCCGUGGCCUAUCUGCUGGCAUUUCCAUGCACGUUCUCCAUGGAUUCGCCUAUUCUGGGAGAUAUACGAACACGACCUGGCCAUCAUUUACGACAUUCUUCUACAUGUACAGCGACAUGUGGAACAGCAAUCAACCCAGCUGGAUCCAUAUAAACGAUUCAAUCCAAUACAUUGCGCGGAACCAGUACAUGUUGCAAGGUCAUCCCAGUGUCGACCUGGCCUUCCACAUGGACAGUGCUCCGUGGAAGCCCGAAGAAUACUACACCGACACGAACCUGGAAAGCCUCGGCUAUACCUACGAAUACCUUUCGUCAGGUAACCUUGAGAACGCAACCGUGCGGAAUGGAAUCCUCGCGCCGAGCGGGCCUUCGUACAAAGCACUCAUCUUUCUCAACCCGACUGAGAUGACACCGGAUGCUGCAAUGAAAACCCGAUGCUUCGCAGAUGCGGGCCUUCCAAUUUUCAUUGUAGGGGGGACCAAUUUUUCUGAUAUCGGGCAGGAACCAGGUGCAGCAGCACAAGUCUCCAACAUUUCGAGCGACUUGCACUCGCACGAGAAUGUGCACGUGCUUACGUCCAGUGCAAAGCUGCCCGAAGCCCUCUCAGGCGUAGGCAUUCUCCCCAAAACAUCAUUCUCUUCCAACACCACAACCUGGUACUCGGCAUGGCGCAGCAGCGGGGGCAUAGAGUAUGUCUACAUCUACAACGACGCUUCUUUCACCCAGAGCAUCAACGUCGCCUUUGCUACAGAUCCGGCACGGAUCCCAUAUCACUUGAACGCCUGGACUGGCGCCACCACAGCCGUGCUCCAAUACAAUAGGACCACCACUGGAAUUACCAUCCCCGUCACCCUCGCCGCCAACCAGACCACCAUCUUCGGCUUCGCCCCCGCCAACACAUCGUCAUCGUCAUCCGCACUCCUCCCCUCCGCGCCGCCCGUUCACGUCACCUCCUCCGGCGACGCCCUCGUCGCCCUCGUCGACUCCACCGAGUCUGGCUCCACCAUGCAGAAGCUGUCCGCAUACCUCUCCGGCGGCACCGCCUCGCUGCAGCUAUCCACCGGCGCGACGGUCAACCUGACGGCAUCGCCGCCGCCGCCGACGAACCUGACGACGUGGGACAUCCGCAUCGAGAGCUGGCACCGCGACGAGGACGACGACGACCGGUACAGCAUGGCGACCGCCGUGACGAACCACGUCUACAACGACUCCCGCUUGGCGCCGUGGACGGAGCUCGGCGGUGACGAUGGCGCGCUGGAUGGCGUCAGCGGCGUGGGGCGGUAUAGGACGACGUUCGUGCAUCCGUCGGUCGUCGCGGACGGCGAGGGGAGCGGCAACGGCAACGGCAGUACGGCGGCGGCGGCGUUGAGCGGAGAGAAGGCGAAGAAGGUCGGUGCGAUUCUGCAUCUCGGCCCCGUCGUCAAUACGAUCCGCGUGUGGCUGAACGGGGCGGUGCUGCCGCCGAUCGAUAUCGCGGAUGCGGUGGUGGACGUGUCGGAUUACGUGUUGGAGGAGAGGGUUAAUGAAGUUGUUGUGGAGGUGACGACGACGUUGUUCAACCGCGUCAAGGCUGAUGCGGAUGCAACGUGGACGUAUGGGCUGAUGGCGAAUAAUGAGAAGAACGGGAGAUUCUAUGAGGUGAAUGAACCGAAGGGGUAUGGGUUGUUGGGACCGGUGUGGGUGCAGUGGGUGGAGGUUGUGGAUGUCUUGUAG